GGGCGCCGGUGCAUGCGCGUCGGGUCCAGCUGCGCGGGCGUUGGGAGCUCUCACUUCUGCGGUGUUUACAGUGCGGCGCUGCGCGUCGUCGGUGGAUCGGUUUGCUAUCAGUAAAACAUUCACGGCUCGGUGGGUCCUUAUAUAUAGAUUUAUGUGGUUCUGCUCCCGCUGAGCGACCGGUCCGGGGGGAGGAAUUAAAGCGAAGCCGCAGGGGUUUUUGAAGUGUGUACUACAAGGUUUUCAUUCGUCUUUUCGGCUGUGAAACGUGUAGUUAAAGCGUCUGAUUAAACCCCAGCUAUUUAAAACGACGGAGACCAUUAGGACCACUUUAUCUGCGUGCUUCGUUUUGUUGUACCAGCUUAACUAAUUAUGAUACAAACCACACUGCAGGAGAGCAGUUAAAAUCAGGGGUGGCCCGAAUGCUCAUACUUAAAGUUUAAUAACAGGGACACUAGAGAGGAUGGGGAUAUAUUGCUACGAAAUGCUUAUCAUGUUUAAAAAUCACCUUGUCGGCUCUGGUCUUGGACACCUAACACCUGCUGGGGGACUCUGUAAAUGGUGCUCAUAGAUCUGGAAGAGAGGUCUGUGGGCCUCUCUGCUGCCGAUCAGCUGUUGUGGCUCCCAACUCCAUGUGCUCCACAAAGAUGCCGCUCAGGCCUUAUCUGCAGCCGGCCCCCGGUCAGCAUUCAUGCCGCCAAUGGGGAACAAUGCGUCCGCUUCCUCUGUCCGCGCUGUGAGUGAUGGCGGGCGUCGCUGCGCCCGUGCUGCGCCUCGCCCGCCACGUCCCGCCGGCGUGUUUUUCCAGCCCGGGCUCCUGCCCUGCUGGGUGUGGAGCUGUCUGCGCUUCCUCCCUCGUUUGUUUAACUGUCCCCAAUAAUGGGCCCCGGCUCCAUUCAGUAAAUUUGUUUCCUCCCUAGGAGCGCUUGACUUUUUUGGGCUUGAGGGGGGAGUGGAUUUCUCUGACUAACUGUCAAAAAAAAAAAAGUCAAUAGUGAACCCCAGUGAAUUGGACAGGCGCACCAAGACACUGAAGGAGGAAAAAAAAAAAAACCUGAGAUAAGAAUGUUUUCAUUACGAGCUGAAUGACUGACAGCUAAAUAUGAUCUCAUCCAGGCGGAGCUCCUGACAGGCGUCACGAAAGCACAGUGACCUCUGAUGCCGCCUUCGGAUGCAUUAUGCUGUGGGUGACAGGCACCAGUGCUGCUGUGUCCUCCCAGUGAUGGCCAGCCCUCCUCCGGAUCCCCAGUUUGUCCUGCGGGGGUCAGGGGCCGCCGUCAACACUCUGCACUUCAGCUGCGGCACUUCUGACCCGCCCCUGCUCUUCUCUGGUUCGGCCAAGGGCACCAUUCACCAGUGGAACCUGACAACCCGGCGACCCGAGAGAACUCUAGAUGGUCACUCUGGGGCGUCGGUCAUCUGGCUCAAGACUUUGGGGUCUAGAGAGACCCUCAUAAGCCAGGGCCGCGACUCGCGCGUGUGUACCUGGGACUUGGCGGAGGGCCGCAGCGCCGUGACAGACUCCAUCCGCACCGGCAGCGUGGGCUUCUGCCAGUGCUCCCUGCUGGAGACGGGACUCUGCAGCCGGCUGCUAGCACACCCUGUGGAGACCAUGGACGAGGUGAAGGUCAUCGACUUCCCCAGCGGGACGGCGGUUUGCUCCCUGAAGCCGGAUGCCAGGCUGGGGAUGGUGAUGUGUACCAAGCUGUGGCAGCCUGACAGUGGCCGCGGCCCGCUCCUCCUGGUGGGAUACGAGGCUGGCACCCUGGCCCUGUGGGAUGUCGCCCAGAGGCAGCCCCUCAGCACCCUGGUCGCCCACUCGGAGCCCCUCCUCUGCCUCGACUUCGACCCGGAGCGCCUCAGGGGCGCCUCGGGGUCUGCGGAGAGAGCCGUCUGCUCCUGGACGCUUGACGGACAGCAGAACCUCCAGAUGGCUGUCUCCGUGGAGCUGGUCAACCCAGGCAUCUCCCAGCUGAGCCUACGGGCCGACCGCAAGCUGUUGGCAUCUGCCGGCUGGGACCACCGCGUCCGCCUCUUUGGAUGGAAGAAGUUGAAGCCCCUAGCAGUGCUCCAGUACCACACAGACUCGGUGCUCUCUGUGGCCUUCUCCGACCAUGCGGACCCUCGCCUGAGGCUCAUGGCGGCUGGAUCCAAGGACCAGAGGAUCAGCAUUUGGUCUGUGUACAACGAAGGAUGAGGAGGGUCAUCAAUAUGUCUUAUGGACCUGGAGUCUGUGUCCCUCUUCAUGACCACACUACCUUCUCUACAGCCUAAAGCAGAGAGACCUACCUGUGCUGGUAGCAAAAAAGCCGUCCUCAAUCAUCUGACACCCUCAAGGUCUAUUAUGAACUCAGUAAGGCUUUUUGCCUCAAAGUAUACAUUUUUUGUGUUUUGUUGCUCUUCUCGCUAAGCCCUAUGCCGCAGGUGGACGGUGAGGUCUAACACGCCGUGUCCUCGUCUAGUAUUGUAUUGGGCUCCUCCCUUCAAAUUUGUGGGUUGAUGAGGUCGCUCCGGAUCGCGCCGGGCCAGGAUGGAACACGCCGGAGCCCGAGGUCUUUCCGCAAAUCAAACGUACAGCGCAGGUGUCCGUUAGGUUUCAGGCGCCGCUCGCAGUUCUUCGCGCUAGAUACAGCGCUGGAGGAAUUUCAGUCUCGCCUUUAUGUCACAUGUCACAGUGGGAUCUUGUUUGUCUCUCCAGUAUACUUGAAUUUUAAGCAUUUUUUGACAGCCUUGAACAAUUGUCUCAUUCACACAGUAUUUAACUGUGUAUACAAUUAGAUAUUUCUCAGUUUAUACAUAUAUAUUUACUACUUCAGAGUUUGCCGUUGCCCUCUGUUGACUUUCUUGACCCAAACCACAUUAAUCAGCUUCAACUAAUAACACACACUGAGACACCAGAGAUUGAUUUGAAACCAUGCCCCCCCCCCCCCGAGAGGUGGUGGAAUUUGCAUUCUGAGUCAAGUCUCCUUGUGGGUUUCAUAUAACGGAACAAAGCAAACAUCGUGUGAGUGAGUUUGCUGUUGUUGGGCUGACGUGUAUUUCACCCUGUCGUUAAGUGGUUGCCUGGUGUCCUGUUUUUUGAUUGGUAGGUCUUUUUUUUCCCCGAUUGCAUGCACUCACACGAGUGUGGUGGGAUAUUUAACAUCUGUUUUCCGUCCAUCCAUGUGCUGUGCUUGUUUGGAAAGCAUUCCUUAAGUUUGGGAAAAGAGACAUCCACAAACCUACUGGACCACAGGAUAACUAACAUGAGAGUUGGAUCAUUUUUUGCAUUAUGCUCCAACUUGAAAUGUGAUUCCGGCCUUGCGCCAUUGCGGCACGAUGUACGGCAUGACCCCGGAUCGCUCAGGUAAUCUGGGUUUGCUGGGCCCAUGUGCUCCCCCGUCUUCACAUUUGAUUGGCUCUCUCAGAGCAGGAAGCUGGAGGUGCUUCUAAUAGAUGAGAUUUUCUCAGGAGCUGCUCCCCCCAGCCUGAUAAAGCCAAACUUUGCCCUACGCCAUGUGACUCCAUAGGGGAUCGAACACACAUCCAGCAGGCCAACAUGCACAGAUGUGAUGACCCUGCACUGCAUGCAUGAGCUCGAUGUUUAAUAGGUAUGACGUGUCCUGACCAGGUCAGUCUGCAGCACGCACUGACCGUGUCUAACUGGGGGCCGUAUUUCGCUAGAUCGGUUAAUUUAAAUUGUGUCUAACCACGCAUAUUGGUUUGAGGGGCUUGCCUUGAUUUUUCAGCUGCGCUGACGGUAAACCCUUUUAGACAGCUGCUAUGUGUCCGGGCAGGACUGUCUUAAUGAAAUGCACUUCCUUUAUUUAAUUCACUGUGCAACUCAAACAAACCCGUGUGAAUUAAUAUGAGCUUUGAUUCAUAUGAAUGAUGAUUUAAAGUCAGUUUAUCUUUUCAAGGGAAAUGGAGUGAUCAUUCAUUAAUACAACAAAUGCUCCUUUAAGUAGUAAAAAUAUGUUUUUAGUGACAGAAGCUGGUGUAACGCGGGUUGGAAAACGGUGGCCUGGGUUAGCGCCCCCCAUAUAACACCCCACAUCAUGUGAUUCAUUCAGCCAUGGGUGCAUUCAAAACCCAAUGGAUGGUUUUACAGGCUUUUAGCUGGAAGGAGGCCAGCCUCAGCCUGAGGGACGCUGGUGGAACAGGUGACAUGCAGCUGAACGUACUGCACCACACGGCCUCCGAGUCCGUCCCUCCGUGUGCCCGGGCGGUGAGGUGGCACUUCUGGUAAUCUGGCGUCUAGCCCGGUUGAUGCACUUCAGAAGCAAUGGGAGCGUUCCGUUGUACCAUGAUGGGGUCGGAGCCCUUUCUGGAGGGAUGCGGACUAGACUUCAAACGGCACGCAGACACUAUAAAGCCCCGGUCCUGUGGGACAGAGUAGGACCUAAUAACCCAUCAUACUUUAAAGGCAGGAGAGAGAUCCGAGGCCCCUUCACAGACACCGGGGACAGACCGAGGCGAUCUUACAACCUGUGGGCCUCCCUUUCCUCGUCCGUGAUCUCUGCGCCCGACCUCAGGAGUCUGCGACCGGCUCCCCCCUCCCUGUGCACUUUGAAGCUGUAACAAAGGGCCGCUCGGGGCAGCUUCCGUCCAUUCUCCGAGCGGCCAGACGCGCAUGGAGCACCGCAGAUGUGCGUGGGGCUCAGGAGGUCUCCUCAUAAAUCACUUCAUAAUGGAUCCUUUAGGAAGUCCAUAAAACGAAGAUACUCAGGAGGGGGGUGGUAAUAAUGCGAGGCAGGAGCGUCCAGCUGAGGCUUGGAGGUCAAGAGCUUUCAUCCAUGACACUCACUGGACACGCUAUUGCCAGGCAUUGUGUAUGCUGUGUAUAUAUGUCAUAAUACAGGAGCUGUGAAUGACCAGGUCAUGCCUGAGUAUUAUUAAACCUGUAUGCUUCA